AUGGCCGAAACGAGGGCGGACGAAGUUGGCCUAGAACGCUCUUUGACUACGCCCAAUGACCUAUCAACAACACAGAGAUCAUCCAGUCCGAAUGGUCCUAUCGAAAGCGAAAAUGAUCAGCAUCCCACCACUCUACCUUCCGAUACGCAGACUCCACAGUUUCAAGAUUUGAACCAUAUCCAAACGAAUUUCACUACCACGUCGAAUAAACCAUAUUCUGUAUUUACAGAUGGACAGAAAUGGUUUAUAGUGAUUUUCAGUGCUCUGGGCGCUAUCUUCUCACCGAUAUCCACGAAUAUCUACGUGCCUGCUAUACCUACAUUGGCGAAGGCUUUUAGUACAACUACUGAGAAGAUCAAUUUGACUGUUACGAUUUACUUAGUAUUUCAAGCUCUUACACCUUCUUUAUGGGGUUCAGCAGGGGAUUCUUUCGGAAGAAGACCCGUUUUCAUACUUCUAUUAUCGGUAUACCUCCUAUCAUGUGUCGGAACGGCCUUGUGUCCAACGUCAGCCUACUGGUUAUUGAUGUUAAUGAGGGUAUUACAAGCUAGUGGAGGUUCAGCGCUGAUAGCGAUUGGUACAGGGGUAGUAGCUGAUAUAGCUAUGCCUCAUGAGAGAGGAAGGUAUUUGGGUUUGUUCAAUCUUGGUACGACUGUUGGUCCUGCUCUUGGUCCACUGUUGGGAGGAAUCUUCGCCUUUACCCUGGGAUGGCGAUCGAUCUUCUGGUUUUUGUGUAUAUUCUGCGCUUGCGUAUUGAUACCUAUGAUCUUCUUCUUCCCUGAAACACUACGUACUCUAGUCGGCGACGGCUCCCUUCCUCCACCUCUGAUCAACUGUACACCAGCUGCACUGAUGAGAAGGAAGAGGGAAUUGAGGGUAUUGAAAGAGAAGGGUGAAGAUCCAGAACAAAUGACUUCGAAACGUGUUAAAUUCAACCCAUUAGCAUCGUUUUUGCUGUUCUUGGAACCUGAGAUAGCGUUGAUAUUCACUUGGUCAUCUUUGUAUUAUGCCUUUUGGUAUGCCAUCUUAACCAUCUUUACUACGCUCUUGGAAGAUCAGUACAAAGUCAACGAAGUUGUCAUUGGUCUAUGCUAUCUACCCGGUGGUGUCGGAGCGGGUAUAUCGGGAUUCUUGACUGGAAGAAUUAUGGAUAUCUUCUACCAGAAAGAGAAGAGACGUGUCGGUGGUGAUCAUCGUCAUUGUCCAGAUGAUUUCAAAUUGGAAAAAGUCAGGUUUAUGAUUCUACCUUAUCAUAUUGGUAUAUUGCUUGCUGCUACGAUAGGUUUAGCAUGGUCGACUCAGACCCAUACGCAUAUUGCUGUACCGAUUAUUCUGAACUUUUUCAUUGGUAUUGGAACGGGUUUCCUCACUACAACAACUAUAUACGGCAUCGAUUUAUUCACAGGUCAAGGUGGAGCCGUUACAGCUACAUUCAACUUGAUCCGAUGUGCUUUGGGAGCAGUGACUACAUCGACCGUCCAGUUGAUCGUCGAUCGUAUGGGGUCGGGGUGGUGCUUCGUCCUACUAGGUGGGAUAUGUCUACUUGCUACGCCCAUGCCGUUUGUUAUCCUCAGGUAUGGUCCUGCGUGGAGGCAGAAGAGGCGAGAAAGGAAUGAAGAAAAGAGGUUGAAGGAGACUAAUGCUCGGAAUGUUACUGCUUCGACGAAGUGA